AUGAGCGGAUAUGAUCCCAAGAAUGAUCCAGCCCGAAAGCCGCAAAGGUCAAAAGAUCCAGCGUGGAGGUUUGGCUAUUGGCCGAACCUACAAAACAAAGAUGAGGUGGCAUGCACCUUAUGUGGCGGCUCAGUUCGUGGAGGGAUUAAAAGAUUGAAGCAACAUUUGACAGGAGGUUAUGGAGAUGCAAAACUAUGUUCAGGUGUGAAUAUUGAAGUUAGGAGGGAGAUGGCAGCUUACUUGGAUGCAAACAAGAGGAAAAGACCAUUGGUUCUAGAUGAUGAGGUGGUGGAGGUGGCAAAAAAUGAGGCUGCUGCUGCGGUACAGCCUAGUUCAGGGACAACAACAAAAAAACGGCAAGCAUCCUUACAAUUCAUGGGUGUUGGCAACAAGACUAAACCAGAGGGAAAGACAAACAAAUCUAUAGUUGAGAUGCUUCGAAAAACACUAGAAGAGAUAGUAGAUGAGAGACUUUCAGGGUCUUAUCAGCCCACAAUUGUGUCUAGUAUAAAAACCAAGGAAGAGAAGCAUUACGUGGAUACACAAUGGGCCUUGUUCUUCUAUGAAUGUGGCAUACCUUUUAAUGCAGCAGCAGCAAAGCAAUUUCAGAUUGCAUUUGAGGCCACAGCACAAUAUGGUUCAGAGUAUAAGCCUCCAACACCAUAUCAACUUGGGGAUCCAUUACUUCAAGAAGCUGUGAAGUCAACAAGUACCAUGAGAGAGCAUGGAAACAUUAUGGCUGCACACUCAUGUCUGAUGAAUGAGAAGAAGGUUGAGGAGAUUGGGAAGGACAAGGUUGUUCAAGUUGUCACAAAUAAUGGUGCUAACUUUAAGGCUGUAGGCAAGAUUCUCAUGGACAGGAUUCCUACAAUUUUUGGAGUCCAUGUGUUGCGCAUUGCUUGGAUCUCAUUUGAUUGGUGGAGUUCCUAUGGUGGCCGUGCUAUUGAGCUACAAAAGUUUGCAAGGCGUGUGGUUAGUCUUUGUGCUUCAUCAUCUGGCUGUGCUUGUGGGUGCGAGUGUGCCCUUACUUGGAACCUUGUUGAUGAAGCUGUUGGAGCAUCACAAUCACUUCAAGGCCGGAACUUUCCAAGAGCAGCCCACAGGCGUGCAAGAAAUUCUGCACCUAUGGUGGAUGAAGCUGAGUUGGGUGCAGACAGUGAAGAAAAUCCAGAUCCAUUUAAUGAUGCAGAUUGA